UACACUUUACUACCCCAUUAUUAUGUAUAUAUUGUGCCUACAUAACAAACCAGAUGUCAAAAAUACCGAAAGUAAACAAGUAUAGUAUGUAAAUCGCGGUUCUUGUACAUAGCGGGCAGUGCUUAGGAAAUAAAAUUAAUAAAUGUCGGAAAAAGAUUACGCACCGCUUAGUGCGGCCUGCGUCAAGUCUUUGAAUGACAAACUUUACGAAAAGAGAAAAGCUGCCGCCUUAGAAAUCGAAAAAAUGGUCAAAGAGUUUGCAGCACACAACAACGCUGUUCAGAUAAAACGAUUGUUGAAAGUCUUGGGACAAGAUUUUGCCAAUUCCCAAAAUCCACAUGCCAGGAAGGGAGGCUUGAUUGGCUUGGCAGCGAUGGCUGUUGGAUUGGGAACUCCUCAUACUGCCAAGUACACUGAAGAACUCAUUCACCCGAUCCUGGCGUGUUUCUCCGACGCAGACUCCAGAGUUCGAUAUUACGCUUGCGAAAGUCUUUACAAUGUUGUCAAAGUAGCGAGAGGUGCUAUUUUACCACACUUUAAUGAUAUUUUUGGAGUCCUCAGCAAAUUAGCUUGUGACACGGAGCAAAGUGUCAAAAAUGCCACUGAACUGCUUGACAGGCUGAUGAAAGACAUUGUUACCGAAAGCAAUGAUUUUAACUUGGUAGAGUUUAUACCAGUACUCAGGGAGAGGAUGUACACAAAAAAUCCCUUUGCUCGUCAAUUUAUCUUAUCCUGGAUAACUGUAUUGGAUGCAGUGCCUGACAUUGACCUAGUUGUAUUUCUGCCUGAUGUUCUUGACGGUCUUUUUAAAAUUUUAGAAGAUCCUACACCAGAAAUUAAAAAGUCUGCAGAUGUAGUUUUUACUAAUUUUUUUCGUAGUAUCAAGUCAAAUCCAUCUAGGGUAGAUUUUGCAGGGAUGAUAAACAUUCUCAUUUUACAUGCUCAGAGCUCAGAUGAGCUUCUUCAAUUGACGGCCAUCACUUGGAUGGACGAAUUUGUCAGACUAUCUGGUCAGCUUCUUCUACCUUACAUCUCUGGUAUUUUCACUGCGAUUUUGCCAUGUUUAUCUUAUGAAGGUGAUACUCGCAAGACAAUAAGAGACACUGCUGCACACGUUAAUGUCAGUCUCUUCAAAUUGAUCAUUUCAAAGAAAGAGGAGACGUCAAUGUCCGAUAGUUUGGAUCUCUCUAGCAUUAUUGAAGUUUUAACAAAGCACUUGACAAUGCAGCAAGUGCCCGUCCAAACAAAAGUGGCUGUUUUAAAAUGGAUUUACCAUUUACUUACUAAUUUGCCAGACAAGAUGCAUCUUCACAUUGAAGAAUUAUUUCCUGUCCUCAUGAGAGUGUUGAGUGAUAAUUCCGAAGAGGUGGUUCAACAAACGUUGGUUGUCAUGGCUGAGUUAAUCAGCUCUAAACACACCAAUACAGCGCAGAACAAGUAUUUUACAAAGUUUAUGGUUAACUUGUUGAGGUUGUUUGCAAGUGAUAGACAUCUUCUGGAAGAAAGAGGUGCUUUUAUAAUCAGAGAGUUGUGUGUAUUGUUGAACCCAGAACAGAUUUUCAAAGUUUUGGCUGAUAUUUUGAAAGAGGAACAAAAUUAUAGAUUUGCUGGUAUCAUGGUCCAGACUCUCAAUACAAUUUUAUUAACAAGUUCGGAAUUAUUUGAGCUGAGGAACACUUUGAAAGAUCUGAGCACAGAGAAAAGUGUUGAAGUAUUUCUUGGUUUAUAUAAACCAUGGUGUCAUAAUCCUGUGGCUAUUCUUGCUUUAUGCUUACUCACGCAAAACUACAGUCAUGCUUGUGACGUCGUCAAGUACUUCGGCAAUAUCGAGGUGACUGUUGAAUUUUUAGUUGAAAUUGACAAACUAGUGCAACUUAUCGAAUCUCCAAUAUUCACUUAUUUGCGCCUUGAACUCCUCGAACGGCAAAGGAACGAGGCUCUCGUGCAUACUUUGUAUGGUAUUCUCAUGAUUCUCCCACAGAGUGAAAUCUAUUCGGUAUUGCUUCGCAGAUUGAACGCCAUUCCUCCGCAUGCAUUGAGCAGCUCAAUGAGUGAUACAAAAAAAACUCCUACCAAAAAAUUACCAACAUUAAGGGAUCAAAUUAAUUUUAAAGAAUUAUUUGAUUAUUUCGUCAGUACUCAGGAAAAGCAUAAGGAACAAAAACAAAAGCAAAGGCAAGCUUUGUUGACGGAUACAAAAGAAUUGACAAAUUUUGAUAUUUAGUGAAUAAAAUAAUUUUUUUACUGUACAUUGUAAUACUAUGAAAUACUUAUUAUACAGAGACGAUUCGGCAUU